CAUCAAACCCACUACUCCGAUCAGAUCUCUACAAAAAUCCCAAAACUCCAGUUCCCUCAAAUGGGAUUUUCUCGAUAUCUUCAAUUUGGAGCUCCGAAUUGAAAUGCAGUCGAAUUCAGAGCCAUUUGCUUUGAGUCCAUUCGCAGCAUUCAAUGGAGAUUUGAGCGAAGGUGGGUUCGAGGUUUCUAGGGUUUUGUUCUUAGGUUCGUUGCUGUUCUUCGGAGGAGGAGGAGGUGGUAUGGAUUUUUCGAAAGUUGGGGAGAAAAUUCUCAGCUCUGUUCGCUCCGCCAGAUCUCUGGGCCUCCUUCCUUCUACUUCCGAUCGCCCCGAUGUUCCAGCCCGAGCUGCAGCGGCAGCUGCAGUUGCACGUGCUCUUGCUGGGCUCCCUCCCCAUCAGAGGUAUAGUCUCUCAUCAAGCUCUGAAGAACUGAGUUCAAUAUAUGGAAGCAGGCCCCAUGGCCCAGUUGUGGAGGAGCUCGAGGAAGAAUUCUAUGAAGAGGAGUUUGAUCCCGUGAGACAUGUUCUGGAGCAUAUUCCAUCUGAAGGAAAUGAACUUGAAUAUUUCGAGGAAAAGGCUGCUCUUAGAUUAGCCCAGCUGGACAGGAUAGGAGAACGUCUAUCCCACCAUGUUAUGGAGCAUCAUGAAGAAAUGGGGCUGGAUCUGGGUUGUGGAAGCUCUGCUGUGGAAGUUCAGUGUGUUAGGGAAAAAGAUGGCUGCAGUCCACACGCAAACCAGGCAAGUGGAAGACCGCUUGCUGUUGGAGACACAUCAGUGAAGGGGAUGCAAUUGGUGGGGGAAUUGGAGAAGGACUUGAAGGUUGCAAAUGUCAUUUGCAUGAAUGGGCGAAGACACCUAACCUCAUCGAGGACUGAGGUAUCAAGGGAUCUCAUUGUCACUACAAAUUCUAAAAAGAAACAAGCACUUCUGGAAAUGCUUCCAAUCUUAACUGAGAUUCGUCGUGCACUUGAAAUGCAAGCAGCACUUGAAACCCAUGUCGAGGAAGAAAAUUUCUGUAAGGUGGCAUUCCAAGUCUUAUCUGAGUAUUUGCAACUUUUGGAUAGUUUGUCAGAGCUUUCUUCCAUACAAGAGAUGAGCCAUGAUGUUGAGGUCUGGCUAGGAAAAACUCUUCAAAAGCUGGAUUCACUGUUGUUGGGAGUGUGCCAAGCCUUCAAAGAAAAUGGCUACAUAACUGUAGUUGAUGCUUAUGCAUUAAUCGGGGAUGUUUCUGGUCUUGCUGAAAAGAUGCAAAGCUUCUUUAUGCAGGAGGUUCUUUCGGAAACUCACUCUGUUUUGAAGAAUAUUGUGCAAGAGGAUCUGGAAACUACCAGUAUGCAAAGUACUAGACUUACCUACAGUGAUCUAUGCCUUCGGAUACCUGAAUCCAAGUUUAGACAGUGUUUGUUAGCAACCUUGGCUGCAGUUUUCAAUUUGAUGUGUUCAUAUUAUGCAAUCAUGAGCUUCCAGCCGGCAAGUGAGGUUUCAGCAUGCCAAAUACUUGCUAUAAAUCAGAAGCAAGGCGAUGUUUCUGGAUUUUCAGAGGAUGUUAAGCCUGUUGAUUCCAUAACAAGAAUUUCUUCAAAUUCCCAGGCAGAUGAUGGUUUACUCUCUGAAUCCGUAGAUCGAUUGCCCAUUUUUUCGUCCAUGGAGGAACCAUCAAAAACUACCACCUCUUUAUCUGAUGCUACUGGAUCCAAUGGCUCCAUGUAUAUAGAUCCUCCUGACUCGGCUGAAGAGACAAGGGAUGGUGGGAGUGCAGCAUCAAGCAGUGGAUCCCCCUGGUUCCAGUUGCGGAAGGAUGCCACAGCAUUUGUUUCACAAACCUUACAGAGAGGCCGGAAGAAUUUUUGGCAUCUUACCACCAGCCGUGUAUCAGUGUUGCUUUCUUCUACUGCUGUUUGUUCUACCAGCAUUCACCAAUUUUUGAGAAAUUAUGAAGAACUAAAUAUCUUCAUCUUGGCUGGGGAAGCUUUUUGUGGGGUUGAAGCAGUUGAGUUCAGGCAAAAAGUGAAAGCCGUAUGCGAGAAUUAUUUUGUAGCUUUUCAUCGGCAAAAUAUAUAUGCGCUGAAAAUGGUACUAGAAAAGGAGACUUGGUUGACAAUUCCACCAGACACAAUACAAGUAGUAACUUUUGCUGGCCUUAUUGGUGACGGGGAAGCACUGAUUGCUCCAUCUGAUAACUCUCCUAAUGCUCAGGUGCUGCACUCCAAUAAAUCAACAAAUCUAGCUGAAACUGGUUCUAUUAAGAGUGGAUUUUCCCAUUGGCUUAAAAGUGGAAAUCCAUUUUCGUCGAAAUUGAGCUGUACAUCCAAGGAGCAUCACGAUAUCUAUUUACUUAAUGGAUCAGUAAUCCCUGGGGAAACUGGAAAAGUCAAUGAGAAUUCUCACAAUAACAAGUCUUCUCCAAACACUUUGUAUGUUAAUGGCAAUGCUUCUGCUUCAGAAGAUGAAAAUGAAGAUCUUCAUGCGGACUUUAUUGAUGAAGAUAGUCAACUCCCAAGCCGCAUUUCCAAACCUAAGCAUUCAAGAAACUACUCUUCACAUGGCAACGACGAAGAAAUGAGAGCACAAACAGGAUCAUCUCUUAGCCUUUUAAGGUUAAUGGAUAAAUACGCAAGGCUAAUACAGAAACUUGAGAUAGUCAAUGUUGAGUUUUUUAAGGGAAUUUGCCAGUUGUUUGGGAUUUUUUUCCAUUUUGUAUUUGAAACUUUCGGUAAUUAUCCUAGUGGAAAAAGCUCGACGGACUCCCUUACUUACCGGCUGAAGACUGCUCUAUCCAGAAUAACUCAAGAUUGUGAGCAGUGGAUAAAACCUCCAUCUGUAUCGUUUAAUUCAUCGUCACCUACAUCUUUGAAUACGUCAUUCAGCCUUACGGACGUCACACCUACUAGCCCACCCAGUACAAAUUUUGGCCACUCACCCAGCCCUUCUUCUGGUCUCAAGGAAAGAUGUGCAGGUGCCCACACUAUGUCCCUUGUUGCCCAAUUAUUGCACAGAUCUAGAGCUCAUCUUCAAUCGAUGCUUCUGCAAAAUAAUGCCGCUAUAGUUGAAGAUUUCUAUGCGCAUUUGGUGGAUGCUGUACCAGAUCUUACGCAGCAUAUUCAUAGAACAACUGCAAGAUUACUUCUUCACAUUGAUGGGUAUGUCGAUCGGAUUGCCAAUGCUAAAUGGGAAGUUAAAGAGCUUGGACUAGAGCAUAAUGGGUAUGUUGAUUUGUUGUUGGGAGAAUUUAAGCACUAUAAAACAAGGCUCACUCAUGGUGGCAUUCAGAAAGAGGUUCAAGACGUCCUCUUAGAAUAUGGGCUUGAAAUUGUUGCUGAAACACUCAUUGAAGGCCUAUCACGAGUGAAGAGGUGUAGUGAUGAGGGACGAGCUCUUAUGUCACUAGAUCUCCAGGUUUUAAUCAAUGGGCUACAGCAUUUUGUCUCCAUUAAUGUGAAACCAAAGCUACAAAUGGUUGAAACUUUCAUCAAGGCCUACUACCUUCCAGAAACGGAAUAUGUGCAUUGGGCGCGUGCUCAUCCGGAAUACAAUAAAAGUCAAAUGAUAGGGCUUGUCAAUCUUGUUGCAACGAUGAAGGGUUGGAAAAGAAAACCCAGGUUAGAAGUGUUGGAAAAGAUAGAGUCAAGCAGUUAA